UCUGUGACCGGCUCCCGGUCAGGCCCCGCUAGCGUGGCCGACCGCUCCGCCGGACUUGUUGGUCCUGCCCCCUUCGCGGGGGUGUGACCUAACGGGGAAGGGGGCUAGCAGCGCUUCUCGGCCGCUGUCAUUGUUCGGCUCCUCUCGCCUCCGGGCCGCCUCAGACGUAAGGACAGAGGGGGAUCGCCAGGCGUUGACCGCAAACCCCGAGAGCGUUCAGGAUGUCCAGGGAGCAGCAGGCAGUGGCUCGUGCCAGGAAAGCCUUCGAAACGGGCAGGUCCAGAUCCUUAGAGCACCGCAUCCGCCAGCUGAAGAACCUCCAGCGGUUAUUCACCGAGAAACAGAAAGAGAUUUCAGAUGCCAUCAAGAAAGAUCUCAAUAAGAGCGAGGUGGGGACCCAGCUGUACGAGACCCUGGGUCUGGAGGGGGAGAUCAGCCUGGCCAUCAGGAAGCUGAAGGAGUGGGCGGCCCCUCGAACCGUGGAGAAGAACCUGCUGACCCUCUCGGACACCGUCUACAUCAAGCCGGAGCCGCUGGGAGUGGUGCUGAUCAUCGGGGCCUGGAACUACCCCUGGGCCGUCACCAUCCAGCCGCUCAUCGGAGCCAUUGCCGCCGGCAAUGCAGCGGUGGUGAAGCCCUCUGAGGUCUGUGUUCACACUGCAAAGGUCAUGGAAGACCUGCUGCCAGUUUACAUCGACAAAGAGCUUUACCCUGUAGUAACCGGAGGAGUGUCAGAGACCCAGGAGCUGCUGCGCCAGCGGUUUGAUCACAUCUUCUACACCGGCAACAGCGUGGUGGGCAAACUGAUUAUGGAGGCUGCCGCCAAACACCUGACACCUGUCACCCUGGAGCUGGGCGGAAAGAGCCCCUGCUACAUUGACAAAAACUGUGACAUAAGGGUAGCCUGCAGACGCGUCACCUGGGGAAAGUACACUAACUGUGGUCAGACCUGCAUCGCCCCAGACUACAUCCUUUGCGAGCCCAGCAUCCAGGACCAGGUCAUCGAAGAGGUCAAGAAUUCCAUUAAGGAUUUCUACACAGACAACCCAAAGACCUGCCCUGACUAUGGACGCAUCAUCAACCAGCGCCACUUCAAGAGGAUAAUGGCCAUGUUGGACGACAGCACCGUCGCUGUAGGAGGAGACAACGACGAGUCAGACUGCUACAUAGCCCCCACAGUUCUGCGUGACACGAAGCCAGAGGCGAAGGUGAUGCAGGAGGAGAUAUUUGGACCUCUGCUUCCCAUCUUGCCGGUCAGCGGUCUGGAUGAAGCGAUCAAGUUUAUCAAUAAGGGAGAGAAACCUCUGGCCCUCUACGUCUUCACACCGGAUGACAAGGUGAUAAAAAGAAUGGUAGAUGAGACCUCCAGCGGAGGACUGCUGGCCAACGACUGCCUUGUACACUAUUCUGUCAGCUCUCUGCCCUUCGGAGGAGUGGGAAACAGUGGUAUGGGUUGCUACCACGGCAAGUUCAGCUUUGACCAGCUGAGCCACCUGCGUAGUUGCCUCAUCAAAAAGCUGAACAUGGAGGGGGUGAACAGCAUGCGGUACCCGCCUCACACGCCGAAGAAACUUGGCUGGGCGCGCUUCUUCAUCCUGAAGAACAUAGACCUGGGCUGGAUCGGGCGGGUGGCGCUCCUAGCCGUCCUGGCUGCGGUGGCUGCUGCUGUGCUACAGAAGUAUCUCCUUUGAAGACAUCCUGCUGCUUUCCAGACAACAAAUCGGUUGUUUCCUUGACCCUUUUGGACCAAGGAGAAGAAUCGACAAGUUUCAGCGUAAAUCAAAUCAACAUCCGCAAGCACCGCUGGAACAUUUCGGGCGUUCUCUCACUACAUUUUACGUUUCAAUAACAGAGUCAGAUGUUGCACGUAGAGAACAAAUCAUUAUCAAAUCAUUAUCACGAAGCUAAUUAUUUAUUCUCAUCUAAGGCUCUUACAUUUGUAUUAAGCAUUACUCUGUUCCAUUUCAACCUUUUAGACCUGUUUUGCACACUUAAAAUUUUUUAAACAUACUUAUAUACUUUAUGACAUACUUUAGAAUAUACAAUACAAGGCAGAUGUUGUGCCAUGAAUGAUUUUAAAUUUUGUAACGCAAUGCCUACAGCUACAGUAUGACUUACACUACGAUGUCAGGUUUCUUCAUUUUGUAAUGAGUAUGAACAACUUUUACUAACAGCACAAUCAGUGCUCAUCGCUGAAGGGCAGAAAAAUCGGAGCUAGUAAUAUUUUACUAACCUGUAAAUUUUUUUUAUCACAAUGAGAGUUUUCAUUUUGUAGGAAGUUGCCUACAGAUCGAUUUUGAUUCCAUUCCAUUUCAAUGAUGACGGAUUGAAGGUACUUGAUCGUUUCUGCCCAGACGGCAGAGAAGGAGAUGAGAAGUGCAGUCCGUCUCGGAGACCUCAGGGUUCGAACCCAGGGUUUUGAGUCAUGUUUGAGCUGACUGCAACUUGUCAGUAUCAAACAGGAUCAUAUGAAGGACGUUUUUAUUUCAUCUUCCUAAACCGCCAAAUGCCUCUAACAAAUGUAUGUAACUUGUUUAAUUGUUUAACAACAGUAGUUGCUAAAUGUUUUUUUUUUUUUUUUUUAAAUC